CCACAUCACACAAGGACUUCAUUUGACGACACCGACCGAACGCAGGCAGUGUGAAGGAAAGGGGGACAUACACCUAGAAGGCUCCAACCAGAGAAGAAGAUACAAAUGGAAGAUACCAUUGACACAGCCAUGGGGGUGUUCUCUUAUCAGUACCUGGCGUCCAAUGACAGUUUACUUUUCAACAUCACACCAACCCACUUCCCCCCCCUGCCACCCAUAAUAGACCAGACCAUCAGCUUCACCAUCAUAGUAGCCCUCUUCAUCACCAUGGUUUCACUGGGCUGUACCAUGGAGGUGUCCAAGAUCAAGACCCACAUUCUGAAACCUAAAGGAGUAGCCAUCGCAGUGGUGGCACAGUUCGGGGUAAUGCCCCUCACUGCCUUUUCAUUGGCUAAGGUGUUACAGCUGGGGCCGAUGGAGGCUGUAGCGGUGCUGAUCUGUGGAUGCUGUCCAGGGGGAAACAUCUCCAAUAUACUGGCCCUGGCACUGAAGGGAGACAUGAACCUCAGUAUUGUGAUGACUACCUGCUCUACAGUUCUAGCCCUGGGUAUGAUGCCACUGCUCCUCUACCUAUACUGCCAGGGAUUCUCCAACCUGGAGAGUGCUGUCCCCUACGCUGGCAUCACUCUGGCCCUGGUCAUGACUCUGUUCCCUUGUGGCAUCGGCAUCCUCAUCAACUUCUACAGGCCGCAGUACUCCAAGACCAUUACCAAGAUCGGUCUGUCCCUCCUGUUGAUAUCCAUGGUAGUGAUCGGCCUAUUGGCCAGCGUGACCAGAGGAAGAAUGAAUGUGAUGCUGACCGUCCUGUCCCCUCAACUAAUGGCCACUGCUGCCCUCAUGCCCCUCAUUGGCUACUCUUUAGGAUACAUCCUUUCAUACCUGUUCAGAGUCAACAGAUCGGGGCAGAGGACCAUCGCCAUGGAGACGGGAUGUCAGAACAUCCAGCUGUGUUCCGCCAUUUUGAAGGUGGCGUUCCCUCCCGAUGUGAUCGGUCCGCUCUACCUCUUCCCGAUAGUCUACAUAGUGUUCCAAGUGGGAGAGGCCUUACUGCUCAUCGUCCUCUUCUGGGUUCACCAGAGGUUCUUUAAAACAAAAAAGAAAGAGAAGCGGGUGUACGAGGCAGUGAAGUUAGAGGAAGCCGGCCAGCCCAGCGAUGUGGCCAUUUGAUCAGAUAGAAUUCAGAGCAAACGCUGACACUACACAUCCAAGUAUAAGUGACCGAAUGAUGAUAGACAAGCAUUGUAAUUUUGAAUUCCGUAAAGUGAGUGUGGAAGAGGUGAACAAAUGAUUGUUGUCUACCAACAAUGACAAGCCAUCGGGGCUCUGACAACUUGGAUUGAAAAUGACUGAGGAUAAUGGCGGACGAUAUUGCCACUCCUAUUUGCCACAUCUUCAAUUUAAGCCUACUAGAAAGUGUGUUCCCUCAGGCCUGGAGGGAAGCAAAAGUCAUUCCGCACUGGUUCAAAGUGGAGCAGAGACUUCAUCACUACUUGUUUUUGUAAGAAGUGUUGACAAGCUGAAUGCACUGAGAUCCAAGGUACUAUUCAUAUAAUUCAUUAAAAUGCCUUUAUUUGAAUGGCAUGUUCAGUGGAAACAAAGAUUAAAAACUUGACACAAUUUGGCUGCAUGGCCUUUGUCAGGGAGUACAAAGAUAUGCAUUAUCCUCUUUUGAACAGCUUUUUCCAAUCAACCCUGAUUUGAAGCCGGAGUGAUUACAGGAAUUCAUUGGACAACACCUAGUAUGUAACACUAUACACAUUAAAAGGUGAAAGACUGUAGAUAUGGUAUCAGAGUCAAAAAUCAAGGCUAGAAGUUGUCUGUCUAAACUACUGGCACACAGCUCUGACACCCAUAAGACAUGCCAUAAGACAUCCCAUAAGACAUGUACCCCACAAGACAUGCCACCAGAGGUCUCUUCACAGUCCCCAAGUCCAGAACAGACUAUGGGAGGUGGACAGUACU